AUGCACCGGGGUGCAGGGCCAGCCUUUCGGCUAGUCAGGAAAAUGGCGGCCUCUAGCGCGGAGCCACAGAUCCUGGUACAGUAUUUGGUGUUACGAAAGGACCUGUCGCAGUCUCCGCUCUCCUGGCCAGCGGGCGCACUGAUAGCGCAGGCCUGCCACGCGGCCACUGCGGCCUUACACCUUCACCGCGACCACCCGCACACAGUCGCCUAUCUCCAGGAGUUGGAGCGCAUGCGCAAGGUGGUCCUCGAGGCCCCAGAUGAGACCGCCCUAAAGCAGCUGGCUGAGACCCUGCAACAGAAGAACAUUGACCACCUGCUGUGGCUGGAGCAGCCCGAGAACGUGGCCACUUGCCUUGCACUCCGCCCCUACCCCAAGGAAGAAGUGAGCCAGUACCUGAAGAAGUUCCGCCUGUUCAAAUGACCGCCCUUCUGCAUCGCUGGGAUAGUUUCUCCGUCAUCAAAUCCAGAGACCAUGUGCCUUCCAUGGCUCAGAUUAAAGUUGUCAUUAAUAAGUUCUUCCUAUUAUUUCAAAUUAUUAAUAAGUUCAUGUGGAGAGGGCAAGGGAGCAGCCAUGCCAGCUCCAAGGUACUGCUCAAGUGGAAGAUUUGGUCAGGCUCGUGUAACUGGCUUCAGGGAAACUAUAAUUUGUUAAGAAUAAGAAUUUUUCCAUGGGGGCUGGAGCGAUAGCAUAGCGGAUAGGGCAUUUGCCUUGCACGC